AUGGCGGCUCUUGUAGUGAAUUCGGCACCCGAAGCCAAGAAGCCACAACGGGCCCACACACCCCAAUGGGUCUCCCUUGUAUCCGGCGGGGUUGCGGGUGGAGUUGAAGCAGCUAUCACGUAUCCAUUCGAAUAUUCCAAGACUCGUGUUCAAUUAUUGGACAGCGGUGCUGUAUCUGCCGUUCGGAAAUCCACUAAUCCGCUGCGUCUCAUCUUUGAGGUUGCAAAGCAAGAAGGUAUUGGUGCUUUAUACACCGGAUGUUCAACUCUUGUUAUUGGAACCACGGCAAAAGCUGCUGUACGGUUUGUGUCGUACGAUACAAUCCGCAAUUCCCUAGCUGAUGAGCGUGGUGUUCUCUCGCCUGGUCGAGGUAUAUUGGCCGGAAUGACUGCCGGCGCAGUAGAGAGUGUACUUGCAGUAACACCCACGGAGAGAAUCAAAACUGCACUAAUCGACGACGCCAAGGGAGCACGUCAAUUCAAAUCAAGUAUCCAUGCGGCAAAGACAUUGGUUCGAAGGCAUGGUAUCACUGAGCUUUAUCGAGGUCUUGUAUCCACAAUGAUGAAGCAAUCGGCCACCUCUGCUGUGCGCAUGGGAAGCUAUAACAUGCUGAAAGAGACAGUAAAGGCGAAAGGCAUCAAAAAAAACGUUUUGACGACAUUUGGUAUCGGCGCCGUGGCAGGUGUUAUCACAGUGUAUGCCACACAACCGUUUGACACGAUCAAGACCCGAGCACAAGGUGUGAAGGGGGCUGGAAUUAUGGAGGCCUCCCGGAGUGUGAUGCGUGAUUAUGGAGUCCGAGGAUUCUGGAAGGGCAGCUCGAUGCGACUGGGUCGUCUUCUUUUGAGUGGUGGGAUCGUUUUCUCUGUCUAUGAGGAGGUAUCAGCCAUUUUAUCUCCCGGCACACAUAGAUGA